CGCUCGGUGCAGGGGAGGGGGGCGGGGGGCGGCUCGGCGGCGGGUCUGCGGGCCCCAUGGGCGGGUGUGUGGGCUCCCACCACGACUCCUCGGGCAGCCUCAACGAGAACUCGGACGGCACCGGAGUGGCUCUGGGUCGGAACCAGCCCCUGAAGAAGGAGAAACCCAAAUGGAAGAGCGAUUACCCCAUGACGGACGGGCAGCUCCGCAGUAAGAGGGAUGAAUUUUGGGACACUGCCCCAGCUUUUGAGGGCAGGAAGGAAAUUUGGGAUGCCCUCAAAGCUGCUGCCCACGCCUUCGAGAGCAACGACCACGAGCUGGCCCAAGCAAUCAUCGAUGGUGCAAACAUCACACUGCCCCAUGGUGCUCUCACCGAGUGCUACGACGAGCUGGGGAACCGCUACCAGCUGCCCGUGUACUGCCUGGCCCCUCCCAUCAACAUGAUCGAGGAGAAGGGGGACGUGGAGCCCCCGGACAUCCCCGAGCCCCCGGCCAGCUCGGGCCACGAGUGCCAGCUGCGGCUGCGCCUGUCCACGGGCAAGGACCUGCGGCUGGCCGUGCGCAGCCUGGACUCCGUGUACCACAUGAAGCGCCGGCUGCACGCCGUGGAGGGAGUGGAGCCCGCCAGCCAGCGCUGGUUCUUCUCUGGGAGACCCCUGGCUGACAAAAUGAAACUGGAGGAGCUGAAAAUCCCCAAGGAUUACGUGGUGCAGGUCAUCGUCAGCCAGCCGCUGCUGAAUCCCACCCCGGUGGAGAAUUGAGGGCUUGGUGGGUCUUGCUCUCCCUCUGCCUCUCUCUUGUGGGGUUUUUGGGGGGGGGGUUUUGCUGCCCUCUCUUCUCUCUUUGGGGUUGUCCUGCUCCUCUGGAUGGAUGGCAAGGAGUCAGCAGCAAAAAUUCUCUGUCUGUGAUGGAGAGCUGCAAAAACCACAAGGUGUGACCCGGGAUUUGGCUGAUCUCCUGUUGAGCACGACAGCAAGAGGAACAGGGCAAAGGCAAGGAAGAGAUUGUUCACUUAACACAGACAUGGAAUGACCUGGAAUUAUCAGUGGUGAGGCUGGAGCAGCAGAGAGCACUUUUAUUCAACAAACCAACUUGAAGGGGAAUGGAUGUGUCCAGCUCCAGAGCAGCAGCACACACAGUUCCUGCAGGCCAGGGGGCUCUGCUGGGCUCAGGGCUCAGAGCUGGGCUGGGCUUUGCUCUCUGGCAGCUCCUGGUGCUGCUCACACCCAGCACUUGUACAUUCCAAGGUGGCAAUAACUCAGCCCUGCCUGCACUGAGCUGCUCCAGCCCUGCAGCCUCAGCCCCUGCCUCACCUGGGGCUGUGCUGCUCCAUCCCUGCCCCUCCAUCAGCCCCAGCUGUGCUCAGGUGAGCCAAGGUGAGCUGGGAGUGCAGCCCCUGUAUCCCACAGCAUCCCUGGGAGCUGCCUCUGAAAUCCUGAGUUCACUGACUCUGAA